AUGAGCUAUUCCAUAUGGGGGGACAAACCCGAUGAAGAGUUUGAGCUAGAAAAUUCUGGAGAUAUAUGUCUUCUCCAAAGAUACCGAUACGCUAGCUUCGCCGACAAAGCAAACACAUGUCAAUACCCCACCGAUCCAAAGGAGUUAUUGCAGACAGAGGUUGCACUUCGGGAGAAUACUCAACUUGAGAUAGCCUUGAAUGGGAAAAUAGAGGAACUUGCCAAGGAAGGUAUCAGCGGGGCUGUUGUUCAAGAUUUACAGGAGGACUUGUCGACACUUUCGAAGGAAUAUUGGACCUUGGAACGACAGGUAUUGAUUACUGGCGUUCCCAGCCAAAAUGGUACAUGCAUCAAGUACUUUGGGAAGAUUGCGUUGGGAGAGGAGGCUGUUGUGGCAGGGACUGUGGAUGCUGUUCUCAUCGCCAGUCAGAACGAAAAUUUGCAGUUGGUCAUUGCACUGUGGAGUGUUCUUGUUGCGAGAAAGCUCGGGGGUUUGCACUCGACCUCGAGCAAAAAUCCCAAAUACAGGAUUCCUUCAAGCUUGAUUACAAUGGUCCACGUACAUGGUAUUACAUUCGAAUAG